AGGCAGCAUGGUGCUAGCGUGCACUAGCGGCGGAAUGCGUCUGCUGUUCCUGAUUCCACUGUUUCUUCAGGUCUCCACUGUCAAAGGGAGUCAUUGCUAUUCCGACGAGUUCGAGUGUUACCGCACUGAUCGCUGUAUCUACUACACUAACGUUUGUGAUGGCUACUACGACUAUGGUAGCUUCGACUACUCUGACGAAGAUAACUGCGAUAUCUGUUCUUACAGUGAGUAUGAGUGCUCAAAUGGCUACUGCAUACUCAAUCCAGAGAUGUGAUGGUAUAACGAUUGCUGGGACAACUCUGAUGAAUACUGCAGCACUUCAGGUUAAUAAUCCACACUAGCUAGCUACGAUCACCAUCAUAGUGUCUUGAAUGCUAGCCCAUACAUUGUGAUAUAUGGGGGGUUUUCUUACCCCUUUCACAUGGCACUUACCCCGGGUUGAUUAACCCAGAGUUAAACCCGGGUUCGACUUGGUCUAUGUGAAUGGGGUGUAAGUGCAGUUCUUGAGGAGAGCAGCACAAUACAUACAGUGAGGGUAAUGAAGUUAAUGUGUUCUCUAUAGAGCCAUUGUACAUGCGUUGUCUCUCCAACGUGGUUGAAUAAUUUUAUCCCAGAGGCUCAUCGACAGGUGUGAUAGUGGGAGUAACACUGCUGGUACUGUUUCUGGUGGUGCUGGUUGUGUUUGUUGCUGUGGAGGAAGCUCCUACACGAGGGCCAGGAGAAGACGCCUAUUAAGGACAGCCCCUGUCCUAAUGGUCCACUCACCCCGGACUGUUUCUACCACUCUGACCACACAUCCCCCACCAGCCCAGCAGACCCCUGUCAUUAUUAACACCACCAGCUAUCCUCGGGAUGGGUCUGAUUUCGAGGACUGCCCUCCUCCCUACUCUACAAUGGCUAAAACUCCUGCUGGAUACGAGGUAAGAGGAUUUUUACACUGUGGUGGAUCUAGGAUUUUGAAAUGGGGAGCUCC